ACUGGAGUGAGUGGGAGUUUUGCCUGGAUAGGCACUGCCAGAUUGUUCCCUCAGGAGCUGGGAAAUCAUCUUGUUUCUUUGAUACUCUAGAUCUGUUUCUCCUCCCCUGCAAAUUGCUUCUUUACUUGUUGUUUACUUGGCUGUUAAAACUGGCCCAAAGUUUCUAUUCUUGCAGUGCCCUUUGGCUGUAACAAAAUUGCAAAUAUUGCGCAAAAGCUUUCUCUCCACAGCUGUUCUUGUAAAAACUCCUGCAGCAACUGAUUUCCCCCUCAGCUGCCCCUCUCUGCAGUGGAUCAACUCUUUUAUUUGUUUAAACUAUGUAUUCUUCACUUCCGCUCCAUGUGAUGCCUUGGGCUAAACAUUUUAAUCACUCCAGGCCAGCCUUUGCCGUUGUGUGUCAGUAGCAGUUCCUUCAACAUGACCAUCCAUUCAAUUUUCCUAGCUUUUGCGGUGAUCCCUCUGGGAUUCUGCUGGCCAGCAGCUUUCCAAGAGACAUUUCUCAAGGCGUUGGAUGCAGAAGACGUUUUCUCUUAUUUUGGCACCAGUGCAGUCCUUGAUGUACCGGAAUUUGUUAUUGCUCAGCCAGCGUGUCCCUGUGAAGAGGACCAAGUUGAACCAAAAUCUUGUAAAGUUCAACGCUGCUCCCUUAGGGCCUGGGGAGAACUCUACGCCUUUGAAUUCCUGGAGGACCACGUCUUUCUUUCCUCUUCCUUCGUGAGCGAUCGAAAGCUGAACUCCUCCGUUAGUUUACUAAAGCAAUUCCCAGGCACCUGCGUUGCCGGUGGACAACUACUGCACCCUCCAGGGGCUGAAUGUAGAGUCACUUACUGCGAAGGGCAGCUGCAAGGGGCUGUCAUCAUGAACGAGGAAAAGAUUCACAUCAGGCCUGUGAGAAGCAAACACCUGAAUGUGCUGGAAGACCCCAGCCUCCCCAGACCCCACAUCAUCUUCAGAGCGGCAGGGAGAGGGACAAGGACGAUAGGAGAAAGAAAAUCUCCUCGUCUCUGGAAAAGGGCAGAGGGGAGAGUCAUGCACCUGGAGCUGCUGGUGGUAGUGGGCCCCGAUGUUUAUCAGUUCCACAAAGAGGACACCGAGAGGUACAUCCUUACCAACCUGAACAUCGGUGCCGAGCUGCUGCGAGAUGCCUCUCUGGGAGCUCAGCUCAGGGUUCACCUGAUGAGAAUGAUGGUCCUGACAGAACCAGAGGUGGGUAUGAACAUCACCACGAACAUCACCUCCUCGCUGGUCAGUGUCUGCGAGUGGAGCAAGAAGGUCAAUCCCCAGAGUGACUCAGAUCCCCUGCACGCCGACCUUGUCCUGUAUGUGACCAGGUAACAGAACUCCCCUGACUGAGGGGAGAUUAGAGACGUAAGGUCAGGCUGGCAGAGUCAGGCGAACCGCAGCAACUGCUGGACGUGCUCAGCUGGGAUGGGAGGAAAAUGUGCAGCCUUUGGAGAGGGGCCUUACAAUUCUCCUUGCGGGUGGCUUGCUGUGGUGUAGAAAGCCCUCAUGCCAGUUGUUCCCCUGGUCUGGAAGGGGCAGGUAUUCUGCAUGUCCGCACCCACCAGCUCCCAGAGCACAGAUGGGGCUGAAUGCUGAACAAUUCCACUUCCUCAGCUUCAGUGUUAACGGGAAUGUCCCAGCCCGGCUGUGGCGGACUCAGCACAAUUCCAGCGGAGGCCUGCGACCCCAGCAAUGUUUGCACGAUCACGGGAGGCUCAUGUGAGGGCAGAAAAGUCUAGAAUAGGUAGAAACCCAGUGGUUGUUAUAGAGAAAUUCCCCAGCUACAGAGAUUUCCUCUGACUCACACAUUUGCUUGGCUCCCAGGCUCACAUUAUUCUCAAUUGACCGUAGCUAAUGACACCUGACAAACUCCCAUUGAAUGUAAUGUCCUUGUUUAGUUGCUCUUCUCUGCACAGAGGGGAUUCUUGUAUCUGUCUCCUGCAGACAGGGUUAUAUCUAAUCAACACAUGCCGGGUAGGGUGGUACCCGAGCAGGUUCUAGGUACUAAGGCCUUGGCUACACUUGGCGGCAGCGCUGU